AUGCCACAGGAGUCCCCGUGUGCCCGGCUGCAGGUGAACCGCAUCCCACCCUCGCCAGCCCCCCGCCAGGCACCAGCAGGACCCCCGUCCCAGCCCCGUGAAGGGUUAAUUCCCCUUGGAGGAGGACGGAGGGUGAGCUCAGUCUUAAGAUGCACAUGUGUGGGGAGAGGAAAGAGGCAGCCCUGCCGGGGAGCAGCCCUUAACCCCUUCUGCACGGAGAGAGCCGGGACAGGGGACCCCCCCGCAGCAGCACACCCCCAGCCGGAGCCCACCCGGGGAGGGCCACGCCAUCGGGGGCUCCCUGGACCCCAGCCCAGGGAGCAGCAUGAGCUGCUGGAGCUGAGGCCGUCCCGCAGCAGGAGGAGGUGGGCAGAGAGCGGCCGGACCCCAAGGCGGCUUCCUCGGCGUGUGUCCCCCUCCCUGGCUCCCCCCUCCCCCCCCAAAAAGAUGUCCUUUGCCAUGCUGCGCUCGGCCCCCAGCCGCUACCUGUACCCCGAGAUCAGCAUGCUGUCGGAGGACGAGGAGAACGGCAGCGAGAGCUCGGGCUCCGACGAGAAGCCCUACCACCUGGACGCCGACGGCUUCGGCAUCAAGGCCGGCAAACGCCGGAGCGGCAAGAAACCCACCCGCAUCCACCGGGAGCCCCGGCAGCGCCACACGGCCAACGCGCGCGAGCGGGACCGCACCAACAGCGUCAACACCGCCUUCACCGCCCUCCGCACCCUCAUCCCCACCGAGCCGGCCGACAGGAAGCUCUCCAAGAUCGAGACCUUGAGACUGGCCUCCAGCUACAUCUCCCACCUGGGGAACGUGCUGCUGGUGGGGGAGGCGUGCGGGGACGGGCAGCCCUGCCACACCACCCCGGCCUUCUACCACCACGGCGGGGGCGGCAGCCCCCCCGCCCGCGACGCCGAGAACUCCCAGCCCAAACAGAUCUGCACUUUCUGCCUCAGCAACCAGAGGAAGCUGAGUAAAGACCGAGACAGGAAGACGGCGAUCCGGAGCUAGACAAUCAUCCUUGGUGGGAAGGACAACCAGGAGGAGCAAGAAGGAGGAAAGGAUGGAAAAGCCACACACACAAAACCACAGCCACGGACACUCCUGCCUUCACCCUGCUGCCGGGGACAGCCGCACGGCGUCACCCCGCAGGACCUGACCCUCACCCGGACACCCCGGUGUCCUCCCGGCCCGACGGAGGGGUGAGGAGGGACAGGAGGUGCAGACGGAGGCGGGGGACGGCAGGACUAUGGCGGGAUGGCUGGAGGAGCGCCGGCUGCAGGGACGCUCCGUCACGGCGCAGGCAAGGCGGCCGCUGCCCGGCGAGACAAAGGGGGCGAGGGGACCUGCUCCGGGGCUCUUUGGAAAAGGGGGGGGGUCCCUGCCCCCCGUCUCGGACGUGCCCCAUCCCAGGUGUGACUUGAGCAGCGUCGGAGGAACCGCUUACGGAAAGGCCCUGCUCUGCCCGUCCCCUUCCAGCUUUGAGCCACUCCAUCCCCCGACCGCUCGAGUCCCGGGGUGCUGCGUUCCUUUCGAGUUUAAUCAAUACAUGCUGGUGUUUCAUGUCAUUGAUGUGAUAAUAUAAAGCCUGAGCAAUUUGUAUAAUUAAAAAUGA